AUGCGUUUUCUUUCCUUAAUCUCUUUGCCUUUUUGGCUUGUUUCAGCUCUACCAGCUAUAGCAACAGCCAAUGAUGCGUCACCGUCGCACCUUACACCUUUAAAAUUUGCAACUACAUCCACUCUGCUCAACGUUGCCUACUACGAGGCCGGACCAUCCAAUGGCUCCGCCAUCAUUCUCGUCCAUGGAUUCCCGUACUCAAUCGACGCUUUUGCCUCUGUCGUACCCAUUCUGACGGAACAAGGAUACCGGGUCAUUGUGCCCUACCUCCGCGGCUACGGCGAAACAUCCUUCCUGCACCCUAACACACCCCGCAGCGCCGAACAAGCAGCCCUAGGAUCAGAUAUCAUCGCCCUAAUGGACGCAAUACAUAUCGAGAAGGCAAUCUUCGCAGGAUACGACUGGGGCACAGUAUCCGUCAAUGUCGCAGCCGCACUAUGGCCGGAACGCUGCAACGGUCAUGUCGCCGCAAAUAGCUAUCUAAUCCAGAACCGAAGCACCGCCUGGGUUCCUCUUGACCCGGACUCCGAAGCACUUCGAUGGUAUUACUACGUUUUUCUGACUGCCCGCGGCGCGGCCGGUCUCGCAUCAAAUCCCAAAGCGUGGGCACGUAGUCUGUGGCAGAAGAAUUCCAUCGGAUGGAGCUUUCCUGAGGAAUAUCUCGACCUCACCGCGACAGCGUUUGAGAAUCCUGAUUAUGUUGAUAUUGUGCUCAAUUUUUAUCGUAAUCGCUUGCUGUAUGCGCCUGGUGAUCCGAAAUAUGUGGAUCUCGCUGCCCAGUUAGAUGAACAGCCGGCUAUUUCUGUACGUUCGGUUACGUUCGAUCCUCAGGACAGUGUUGUUUUUCCGCCGACGAAUGGGACGGCGACGGCGAAGUAUUUUACGGGACCAAGGUGUCAUUAUGUUCUUCCUGGGGUUGCUGAGAAUGUGCCGUAUCAGGCGCCGGAGACGUUUGCGAAUGCGAUAUUUGCUGUGGAUGGUCUGCCCUUAAACGGAGGAAGCUACGCUUGUCCGCAUUCAUUGUAA